AUGGGCUCCCACGUCAGCGAAACCCCGGCCCUGGCCACGAACCCAAACUUCAUCUUCUUCACCGACUUUGACGGCACAAUCACCCUCGAAGACUCCAACGACUUCCUCACAGACAACGUGGGCUACGGCUACGAGAACCGCCGCGCGGGCAACGUUCUCGUCCUCGAGGGCAAGAAGCACUUCCGCGACAGCUUCCAGGAGAUGAUGGACUCGGUCAAGCUCCCCUUUGACCAGUGCAUCGAGUACCUCAAGAAGAACGUCAAGCUCGACCCCGUCUUCAAGGAGUUCUACACCUGGUGCCGCGCCAACAACGUCCCCGUCGUGAUUAUCUCCGGCGGCAUGCGGCCUAUUAUCCGCGCGCUGCUCGUGCAGUGGCUCGGCGAGGAGGAAGUCGAUGGGCAUAUCCAGAUUGUGAGCAACCAGGUUGCGCCGCGCGAGGGCAAGGCGAGUAUCAACGAGGAAGGAGGGUGGCAGAUUGUCUACCAUGACGACAGCAUCCACGGACACGACAAGUCGAUUGAGCUGCGCAAGUACUCGUCGCUGCCCGAGCGGCCCGUCAUGUUUUAUGCUGGUGAUGGUGUCUCUGAUUUGUCUGCUGCGCGCGAGACGGAUUUGUUGUUUGCCAAGCGCGAUAAAGGUGAGACUCAUUUUACCCCGCCCCCGCCAUCGUUCAUUCUGUUUGUUGCGACAUCGGCUCUUCAUGGGACGUCACUGACAGGAUUGAUAGAUCUCGUCGCCUACUGCGAAAAGGAGGGCAUCUCCUUUGUCACCUUUAACGACUUCUCCGAUAUCCUGUCCACGGUUAAGCAGAUUGUUGAGGGCAAGCUCAGCGUCAAGGACGCCGCGCGGGGACGUAUCCACUAG